AUGGCGUUAGCAAAGGGAAGAAGAGAGGCUGGGUUGGAGGCUGGAUUUGGAAUAGAUGGAAGGCAGGGAAGGCUGGGGAUGACAGGGUGGGUGUUGGGAAGCGGGGACAAUGGAGGAGAAAUAGGAUUUGUUGUGGCCAUUGCUGGUGCAACAGCCUGCCGGGUGUUUGAACGCUCCAUAGGUGUUAAAGUUGCUGAUCUUAUUCACAGACUUGUUCAAUAUUUAUACAAGAGAAUGACAGCUAAUUACAGUAGGAACCUAAUCACGGGAACUACCGAAGAUAGAGAAGGCUAA